UGUAAGUCGACGUUUGAGUAAGCCCGAGAGGAAGAAUUUGGUCCAGGAGCGGGAGAGGAAAGCAUGGCCUAUCUCUCUCUCCAACUUUCCCUGCAGCUUGCCCCCAAGACAAACUUCUCACUCAGGGCCAUCAACUACACUCAAAACGGAGCGCCAUAUCAAAAUACCAAGUCUGGAGGUCCUCUGAUACUUGAAAUUCCACUGGAGAAGAUACGUAGACCUCUGUCGAGGACGCGUGCCAAUGACCCUGUAAAAGUGAAGGAUCUCAUGGAAAGUAUUCAGGAAAUUGGACUCCAAGAACCGAAGAAGAAAAGGGACAAUGAAGAUGCAUAUAUGAAGAUAGUCUUUUGGAAGAAGAAAAUGCAUAGGCUUUAUGGUUUGUGCUCUCUAUGGCCUUUGGUUCUCAAAAGCAUCACUAAAACUUGGAAACUAAUGAGUAUAUGCAUGUGUUUUCUCUUGGUUGGAACAAUUGUCUCUUAAAGUUCCUUUAACCCAUAUAAAGGAACAUAACUCUCUUGUAGUAAACAAUUAUAUAAGUUCCUAUGAUUUCGAGGAACAAAGAUGCGUGAGUGGUUUCCUAUUUGUGUGUUUAUUUUUUCUCCUGCAAUGUUUUGUUGAGGUGUAUAAUGGGUUGAUAAAUCUUCAUCAAAGGAAAAAAGGGCUGAGAUAUAUUAUUUUGAAGAAACUUGCUUUUGCAAUGAUUGGUGAGAGUCUCUUCUAGGUUUUAGGGCGUCUCAAGCUCUGCAAUAAUUGGGGUUGAAGGGAACUCUAACUCAGUGUACAUGCAUGGGAUAUCUGUUUCUCAUGUUAAGGUGAUAGAAAAGCUGCUAGUCUGAACAAUGGUAGACUGACUCCGAGGGCAAGUCAACCAUGGGUUGUGAGAAGAAAAGGGGCAAGUAAUGGCUC